AUGGCGCACCACAUCGCUAGAGACAUGGCCUACUCCGCCAUGGGCGGUAGCUCCGGCGAGGGUUCGGCUGUUCCCCGGCGGAUGACUUCAGCUCCGGCGAGCGCCUUCGAUCUCAGGCGACAAAGUUCUGCUACGCGCAUGUACCGAGAUCUUCCAGUUGUUUUCUCUGAUGCUCCUCCGGCCGGAUCCGCUGCAAAUUGCCAUACCGAAGAUGGGGCGGCAAAUGAGGAGAGUUUUGUUCAGCAACCUUUCACAAGUCAUGGUGGUGGGGAAUCACAUGGGAUGCUGGGUGGAAUGCAUGAUGCAGAUGAGGAUGAUGAUAUUUCAUCUCAGCCACUUCUGCCCUAUGUUUUCUAUGGGGUUAUCAGUGAUUCAGAGACGGUGGAUGAGUUUGAGGAGAAUUGGCAGCAUAUGCUGCAUUGCUUUGACUUGGUUGACAACAGACAUCUCAGCAACAUGUGGCGGCGGUCUGAGGGUCUCAACUCCUACUUCAAGACAUUUGUCAACCCUCAAGACUCUGUCUGGAGAUUUGUACAACAAUAUGAGGUGCUUCAAGAAACAAUGUUGGACCGUGAAGACAAUCAAGCUUUCAUAGGCCACACAACAACUGCACCACUUUACUCAAGGUACAACUUUGAGCGCCAAGCAGUUCACUUCUAUACCCGAAGCAUGUUUCUCAUGUUUCAAAAAGAGGUCAUGGCAUCAAUAGGCCUCAUCAUGAACCAGGCCCCUGCUCUUGACAAUGCAAGCAUGAGGUUUGAGCUGCACUCAAAUUACUUUGAGAACCCCCAAAUUUUUUCAGUGAAUGUUGUGUUGGUAGAGGAGAAAUUUGAAUGUAGCUGCAACUGUUUUGAGAUGAAUGGGAUUAUUUGUGCACACAUCAUAAGGGUAAUGGUGCAUCUCAAUGUCCAAAAAAUUCCACAAAGAUACAUGCUAGAGAGGUGGUCAGAAGCUGCGACAACGGCAAUGAGCAGUGGUGGAUGUCUCCUAGAUUUUGGGCACCCUGCAACCAACACUCUCAAGUACAACUCCUUGUGCAGAAAGUAUACAUGGUUGGCUUCCCAAGCUUGCAGCAACGAUCUUGCCUACAAAAUAAUGAAUGAUGCAGCUCAACAACUUGAGCCCCUCAUAGCUGCAGCGAGGCAAGGGGCACUCCAAGAACAACAGGAAGCAAAUCAGCAGCAAGCAACGCAGCAGCAACAACAAACCCCCGAGCCAACCACUGUGCCGCAACCUGAUGGCGGUGCCAUGCUUCAGAACCCCGCGCGUGUUCCAAAUAAAGGGCGUCCGACUGAAAAAUCAAAGAGGAGAAAGACUCUGCUUGAGCAACGAGAAGAUGCACAUAAAAAUAAGCUAAGAAAGAUGAAAAGAAGCAAACCAAGCCCAGAGGAAAACCUGGACCAAAGAAGAAAGCACCUCCUUGCUCGUACUGCAACGAAGAAGGUCACCGUGUCCAAACAUGCCAGUACAUGA